AACCAGUCAGACCUGAUGAAUUCGACAAACCCGGGGGACAAGUUAGCCCCAUCCGGUGUGAAACUAAGUGGCCACAUUCUUCUGUUCUUCUCUGUUCGGUCGUCUGGCUAUCUGAAUGGGGUGGCCGAAAUGAUUGGUCCCGUUGACCCACAGAAACGAUGCACCAUUUGGUUGGAUUCACGUUUCCGCGGAGAAAUCCCUGUCCGAUGGCUAUACGUCAAGUCUUUGGCGAUCGAAUACCAGUAUUUCGAAGAUGAUUAUUCGAGGAAGUAUGUAGCCUUUCCCGGUACUGCUAACAUCGCUGUUCGAAUGACUCCACGUGCACUUCAACACUGCAAGAGUGUAUUGUUAUGUUUGUUUCUCUCAGAACGUACCGGCCAAUCUGAUCAGGCNAUUUCCAUCGAGUCUUACGAUAAUCGUCCGGUCACUGUGCUACGCGAUACCAGUGAAAUCACACCGGCAGCAAAGGGCGAAGAGUUGUUGCGUAUCGUUCAUGAAUAUGGACUACCCCGUUCGGUGUGUGUUCAGCCCAGUUAUUGA